AGGGGAAUGAUGGUGUGUGCGUCGUGCCCAGGAUUCAUCAGCACCGCGAUUAACGACACCUGAAGAACGGAGAGGAAGAACGUUCUUCGUGCGGGUUUUCGGUGUUAACUCCUCUUUUGUUUUUUUUUGUGUGUGUGAAUUUCAAUACGCACGUAGAAAACAAAACACACACAAAAAAAAGGAAGCGAUAGACACGCACUCGCCGAUUGGCAGGUCGUGGAACAAAAAAAAUAUAUAAAAUAAUGGCGUUUGGCAUUUGAUUUGUUUGAGAGGCGCAAAAUCUCGCAGUGGUGGUUUCAAUUUACGUUGGCGUCGCGAUGAGUGCGAACAGCGGUGCAACAGCAGCAGCAGCAACGGCGGAGGAGACGACGGCGGCGGCGGUGGCGACGAUCACGGAGACAAUGUCAGAGGCGCGACAGCUGAUCGGCGCGAAAGAGGUGAAGGAAUUCUACGGAAACGAUAUCGUGUUCAGCUACGACAAGAAGAAGGGCAUCGUCUUCGGGGUGGUCGUGGAUAGUUACGAGUCGUCCGGAUCGGAGGACAGUCUUGGGGCGCUCGAGAAGGGACAGAUCCGCGUGUACUGGCCGCACAAUCAUUCCGAGCACGUCUGGAAGCAGGACAACGUUCAUCUGCUGAGCAGAUUCAUCCUACCCGGUGAUAUCGUCCGCAGACUCGAGGAUGGUAAAGAGACUCAGCGCGGUUACUGCAGGUCCUCGAAGCAGGUGGCCACCGUGCAGAUAUUGGGCACGGACAAGGUCAUCGAGAACGUGAGCCAGGACCGAUUGGAGAACAUGCUCAAGUUCAAUUAUGGUUCCGCUGUUUGCCUCAACAAUAAAUUCGGCAGGAUUAUGAAUUUCGAUCAGAAGGUGACACUGACGUCCAAGUGUGGCUCCGUCGUGGAAAUACUGAACAGUAUUAAUCACGACAUCGAAGAAUACUGGCUCGGACGGAGAGGCUCUUCCUUCGUAGGAGAAUACUACGUCGGCCAAGAUGUCUCUUUGGUACCUUGGAAUUUGGAAGAGCCGACUUGGAUCAAGAAGUCGAAAACGAUACGGCGUAAUCUGCACAUGCGACAGAAAUUCACCGUGAAGAACGUGGAAAUCGUGAACGUGGAUGUAGCAUGGCAUAGACCGGACGCGACCUCCGCCGAAGAGUCCAAACUCCACAUGUCUAUUGCCGAUGUUAAAGCCGAGGAAAUUCCAAAAUUGCAGCUGAUGGAGAGCAUGGAGGAACGGUCUCUGGAGCUUUGCGAGAGGCGACUUCUGAAGUUGUCUCCAGGUGAUACGAUGAUCACAAAGAAACAGUGGCUGCAGAAACGCUCCAAGGUGUUGAUGCCGCAUCUCACGAAAGGCACCGCAAAUACGGGAAGCACGAAGAAAAAGAGAAGUCGAUAUAAUUCGAAUUCUCUUCUGAAUACGGACGAUGAAAUCUACGUUAUGGGUGCGGACGACGUGGAGGAGGAUACGGAGGCCGCAGACGAUGAGGCCAGCGACGAGGCGGAGUGGUCCACGGACAACGAGUCCAGCAUCGCCGACGACAAGCAGCGAAUGCUGGUGGUAUUCAAGAAGAAGCGCUGCGGUAUGAAGAAAGUGACUUUGGAGCGUAUCCUAAACGUGCCCGUCGAGGUGACGUGCUACGACUCGCAGGUGACCAUCGUGUGGCAGGAUGGAACCGAGGAGAAGGACCUUUCCAGUACUCAGCUCUACUAUUCGAUCUCAUUGGACGAUCACGAGUUCUUUCCCGGCGAAUGGGUGAUCCAAAACGAGGACGAGUUUUCCGGUCAGUACGGCGUCGUGCAGAAGGUCGACUACCUAGAGCGGACCGCAAUGAUCAAGUGGUUCGAAUACAACGAGCAAGAGAAGGAGCAAAAAUACCUUCACACCGACGAGAUGAGCGUCUACGAUAUAACGAAGCAUCCAAAAUUUGCGUUCAGGCCGGGCAUAUUCGUCUACUCCAGCAAUAACAUCAACGCUAAAUUGGGGAUGGUUCACGACAGUUGUCCGCAGGGUUACAUAGUUGUUAAAUGGUUGUCCGGUGAUGAGGGGAAAUACACGCCGCAGGAGUUGGUGCUGCUGCCGGACACGCACGAUCUUCUCGAUGACGACGACGACGAUGAGAAUGAAAGCGGUCAGAUGUCCUGGGAGACGGAGAGCAUCGAGUCGAUAACCGGUGACAUGAACAGUGAACCGAUUCUGCAGAAUAUGGCAGCGCGUCUCGAUUUUGUUCGAAGCCGGAUAGUCUAUCUUCGGGAAGCCUUCCAGCAGCACACCGUUUACGAAAAUUUCACUUACUUGAGGGAUCUGCUCAUCGUCUACGAUAACUCCAGCUACUUGGAUAAGCUCCUAGGCACUUCGUUCUUUAACAACAAAAGCAAACACUACCAGACGUUAUUGCAGCAAGUGAAGGACAGAGCGAGGCAGCACGGCGUCGAGAUCUUCGGUAGAUGCGUAUCAGACAACAGCACUUCGUUGAAGAUGAAGGUGGCGGAACGGGAGAACAUCAACAAGGUGUUGCGGUUGGAGCAUAAGAUCAACGCGCAAAUUGAGAGCUCGAAGGAUGGCAGCAGCAACAAGGAGGGUGGAGAGCCGUCGCUGGCGCCGACUCCCGAAUCCGAGAAGAUCAACAUCACAUCGGAUAACCUCUGCGUGGAGGUGCUGUCGAUGAUCAAGGCACGAAUGGAUCUGGCAUACGCAGAGAUCGUGGCGAGGAUGGACGGAACGCAGGCAUUAACGGUGAUGACGAAAGCGUCCGAGCCGACGGUGUCUCCAAUGCUGAGCGUGCCGACUACGCCCGAUGACUCGUUCACCAGCUUAACGCUGACGCCACCGAAAUUCGGCUCGUUGGCGAAGCCGACCGGCAGCAACUUCGUUAGCGAGAGCUACAGCGUGCUCGACGAUGCGCCCACCAAUCACAGAUAUUUCAAUUCGAAGAACGAGCCCACCGAUAAGAUGCAGUUCUUCAGGGCGGUGCGAACAGAGAGCAAUCUGCUGAGGGAAUCGCUGCCACCUGGUGUUUGGGUGAGAUCGUAUGCGAAUCGCAUGGAUCUGCUCUCGGUCAUGAUCCGAGGACCCGACAAAACACCCUACGAGGACGGUCUCUUCCUAUUCGACAUGCAGCUGAGCGCCGACUAUCCCAGAUCUCCGCCGCUGGUCAGCUACAUCAGUUACAGCUCUGAGCGUCUCAAUCCGAAUCUGUACGUGGAGGGCAGGGUGUGCGUCUCGCUGCUGGGUACGUGGCUGGGUCGCGGUACCGAGGUGUGGGGUCCGAACAGCACGCUGCUUCAACUCAUCGUCAGCAUACAGGGUUUGAUCUUGGUGGCGGAGCCGUAUUACAACGAGGCCGGCUACGAGAAGCAGAGCGAAUCGCAGCAGGGAUACGAGAACUCGCGGACAUACAACGAGCUCGUCAUCCUGAAACUGGUGCAGUCGAUGACGGAAUUACUGCUGUCGCCGCCGCAGGUCUUCAGGCACGAGGUCCUCUAUCACUUUUCGAAUUGCGGGGAUCGCCUGUGCGUCAGACUGAAGGCGCUCAUCAACAAUACCUCACCGGAGUCCAUGAAGCUGGACUUUCCACUUUUGCCCAUCAGCAAAGGCCUCAAGUUAAGUCUGAACACCGCUCUGGACAGAUUCCACCAAGUGCUCAUCAGUGCCCUCGAGAAGCAGCAACCGAUCGCACAGACCCCAACGUUCUAAAUACAGUAAACGCUGCAAGAAUAAGCAAAAACAGCAGCAGCAGCGGUGGCGAUGGCGGCAAGAAAGAGGAGGGUUGAGUGGGCGUCAAGAAAUGAUUGAAACUACGUUUGCCUCCAAUCCAGAUGCUCCCAUCAAUUUCAAUAUUUAUUUCGCCCAAAUCAAAUCCAAUCUUUAUCUCAGUCUGAAUGUUGUUGCAAAGCUAAUUGUGAUCGUUUCUGUUUUAACACAAUAUUAUUAGUAUUAUUAUUAUUUGUCCCGUCUUGAAGAUUAUAAAUAUUAUCAUUAUUAUUAUUACUACA